AUGCCACUAUUCCGCAAAAUGGAAACCCGCCGUCUCGAAAACACCGACAUGAAGAAACUCGUCCGCACCCUCCGCGGCGUCCCCUCCCCCUACACCCUCAGCAACGAAGCGCACUACCGCAAACACGCAAAACACGACAUCAAAUCCCUGCCCCUCAAACUACGCACCCUAAACCAGCACUUAUCAACACGGGACACACAUCUCUGCGACACACACAAACACCUCGACCACAACCUCAUCAAGGACAUCUGGUCGUGGAUGCGCCACGAACUCGACGGCGCAAUCGGAUGCUUCCUGUACCCUGUCAUCAUGUGCAAUGCGCUGACGCCCGCUCAGGAGCUGCGGGCCCGCCAGCUGGAACCCGUGCUGGAAAUGUGGCGCCAGGACUUCAAAAUUGAGACGUCUGCGCCGCCGGGCCGCUCGCCGAUCCGCAACGACUCGAAGUGGCAGACACAGCACGAUGGGUGUGCGGCGUGCAUGCUUGCGCGCAUCGGGUCGGACGAAGACGUGCUGUUUGCCCUGUUCGCGGGCAUGGCGGGCAGAAUGCGCAGACAGCGUGGCAGUCACAGUCACAGGAGAGAAGGCCGCCACGGGGGAGAAGACCGCGAGCGCAUCGAGUUUCGCGCGCUGAAGAGCAAACGCCUUCGUUUCGUGCGCUACUGGAUUAUGGCGUAUGGGGAUGGGGAGCGGCGGGCGUGGGACGCUUGGCAGUUUGGACAGGAGCUUAAGCGCGCGAGGAAGAAAUGGAGACGUGGGGGGUGUUGUGAGGGGUCUGUUUAUCCGCCGUGGUCGGAAGUUACGAAUCCUACGGCGGGUGGGGGGGAUGGCGGUGAGUCGUUUAAAGAUGUUCGUGGGCCGGUUCAUGACGACGAGGAGGUGUUCAAUCCUGGCGUUGACAUCAGCGAGCCAUUCAACCCGAAAGACUGGUCACGAAAAGUCGACGAUGACGCGAAACUAGGUCCGCUACCUCGACCAUACGGUCUUGAGCCCACGACGCCCGCGGAGAAAGUCGGGUUCGACAUUCCAAGUCGAAGGGAGAAAAGCCUACACGAGCCGUCUUCGAGUUCGACGUUACGAACAGACAGCGACACGCAGUCGCGCAACGACUCGGUCCACAAUCAUAGACAAGCUCGAAGCAGGAAUCAGGCGGCUUCCAGACGACCGCCAUCUAGCAUUUACUCCCGUCCCAGCGGCUUCCAUCCCAAUGGCUUUCACGCCGAUCAUCCUCCCCUUCCUGAUCAUCCAAACCCCGUUUAUGACAGGUAUAGGGACGCUAAUCAAGCUAACACGUACAACACGCACACACACACGCGUAACCCCUACGACGACCCCAAACAUCCCAUCCCAGCGAACCUCCCCAAACCACGCCCGCAGUCCAUAUACAGCGCGUACGGCGACGUGACGUUUGACGAGGAGGCGUACGCAGUGGUGGAUGUAAGUCCCCCGCUGACACCGACACGGGAAGAGUGGGAGUGGGAGAAGGACGGGGAUGAGGAUAGGGGUAGGCAUAUGAGGAGUAACGCGGGGAGGGGGAUGAGCAGGGAUAGGGGUGGUAGGGGGGCUUCGCGGUGUACUACUUGGGGUGAGUUUUGCAGGUAG